AUCAAAUAUUGAUUUUGAUCUGGACUUUGAAAGAGCCAAUAGACUUUGCAGGUCAUAGGUCCUAAGGGACUCCCUUUAAACUAAAUAACGUACGAAUUUGAUGAUUCUGAAACAGUCCUUUGAUCAAGGUGCAGGUGUAGAAGCAGCUCUUUUAUUGCAGUUGUGUUUCAAAAAUCUUUACUGGCUUCAAAACUGAGAAGAUGGGAACACAUUUGAUUUUGGUGGGUCUGCUGUCUAUCUGCAGUCUCUCUUUUGGUCAAGAUUGUAAUCAACAGCUUCUGGAGAACAUGGAUAUCCAAGGAAACGACAUAACAUCUCUCUUCUCUCCUGAUGCUGAGCACUGUCAGCUGCUUUGCACCCAGCACCCCUCCUGUGACUUCUUUACCUUUGUUCGGCCUGACAGUACUAACGAUGUAAGGCACUUUUUCUGCAUCAUCAAAACCGCUCCCAAUGGACAGCCUUCGGUUCAGGUUCCACUAGAGGGUGUCACCUCUGGAUUUUCUCUCAAACCCUGCAGCCAGACCAAGAGCCUUGCCUGUCUAAGUGUACCAAACGUGGAUUCACAGGUUCCGACUACCGAGCCUUGUUACAGAGAAACCAUGAGGAGUGUCAGAGGGCUUGCACACAGGACCCUGCCUGUCAGUUCUUUACUUUACUAAAAGAGGACUUC